AUGGCGGCGCUGGGCUUGGACGACGACGAGCUCAAGUCGGUGGAGCAGACGCUGGCGCGGCUGGCGCAGCUCUCGAGCAGCAUACAGAGCCUCAAGAUGGACAUUCUCAAGAGCAACCCGCUGCCUCAUCCCUCCUCGUUACAAGCUUCGGCCCAGAUCCUCCAGCGCAACCUGCAGACGGUGCUGGACAACCUGAGCGAGAACUCGGAGCUCUUUUCGCGGAUUGCCGUUCAUCCCUCGACGAACUUCCCUGGACGAACACAAGAGAACGUUCUGACGCAACUCCUGCGCAAGAAGCUGGAGCCAGAUGUGGAGGAGCUUGUGGCGCAGGGUCGCGAGACGGCGCGCCUCGUUACGCCCGAGGGCAUUGCUGAGCUGCAGGCAAUAUGGGACGAAUUGAGGGCAUGGACACAAUCUAGGAUUGCCACCUAUGUCAAAGAGGAGGCCGAAGACGUCUACACGAAGGCCGAGAGGGAGAUGGGCAUCGACAAAGUGCGCACAGGCCUGAGAAAGGGUCUGGACGAAGAAAGCGACGACGAAGACGACGAAGACGAGGACGAAGAUGGCGACGACGAGAAUGAAGACAUGGACGAGGCCAAUGAUGGUGACCCGUCAAGAUCGACGCUGGUGGGUAGGGGUCCCGAGCCAGAGACGCUGCUGUGGUUUGCGGCGAGGGGGGACUUCGAACUUCCGCGAAACAUUGAAUACGAAAACAAGUACGGGGUAAAAAGGGGAUUUGACGGCGUCAAUAUACCACCGGGCUCUGGAUCGUCCUAG